AUGUCCGGCCCUCCGCCCGGUUUCAUGGGCGCACCGCCGUCGGCACCAUCGUCGAUGCGCGGCCCGCCGCCCGGCAUGCCCCAGACGUCGCCCUACAGCGUGCCGCCCAUCAUGACGACCGAGAGGCUCGAGUCCAAGGCGAAAAAGUGGCAGCAAAGCCAGAGCCGCCGCUUUGGCGACCGCCGCGGCAAGACGGGCUUCGUCGACACGGGCAAGCAGGAGAUGCCGCCGGAGGUGCUGCGCAAGGUCAUCAAGGACCACGGCGACAUGAGCAAUCGCAAGUACCGCCAGGACAAGCGCGUCCACCUCGGCGCGCUCAAGUACGUGCCGCACGCCAUGAUGAAGGUGCUCGAGAACAUCCCGAUGCCGUGGGAGCAGGUGCGCGAGGUGCCCGUGCUCUACCACAUCACCGGCGCCAUCACGUUCGUCAACGAGGUGCCCAAGGUCAUCGAGCCCGUCUUCCACGCCCAGUGGGCCACCAUGUGGCUGGCGAUGCGGCGCGAGAAGCGCGACCGGCGCCACUUUAAGCGGAUGCGCUUCCCGCCGUUUGACGACGAGGAGCCCGUCGUCGACUACGGCGACAACCUGCUCGAUGUCGAGCCGCUCGAGGCCAUCCAGCUCGAGCUCGACGAGGAAGAGGACAGCGCCAUCAUCGACUGGUUCUACGACCACAAGCCGCUGCUCGACGACGGCGAGCGCGUCAACGGGCCGUCGUACAAGUUCUGGAACCUCGACCUGCCGCAGAUGGCGGCGCUCCACCGCCUCGGCCGUACGCUGCUGAGCGACUUUGCGUCGGGGGACCGCAACUACUUUUACAUGUUCGACCCCAAGUCGUUCUUCACCGCCAAGGCGCUCAACAUGGCCAUCCCCGGCGGCCCCAAGUUCGAGCCGCUGUACAAGGACACAGACGGCUUCGACGACGACUUUACCGACUUCACCGACUUUCGCAAGGUCAUCAUCCGCCAGCAGAUCCGCACCGAGUACAAGGUGGCCUUCCCGCACCUCUACAACAGCCGGCCGCGCUCGGUGCACAUCGGCACCUACCACGAGCCCAAGAACGUCUACAUCCGCUCCGACGAGAUCGACCAGGCCUUCUACUUUGACCCGGUCAUCAACCCGAUCUCGGGCCGCUCGCUGGCCAGCUCCAACGCCUUCCGGAGCGAGUACGACGACGGCACGCCGGUGCUGGCCCACGAGGACGACGUCUUCGGCGAGGGCGUCGAGGGCGACGACGAGCUGCCGGACGAGGUGGCCUUUUCGCUGCCGGACGACGUGGCGCCGUUCCUCGACGAGCGGCCGCUGGAGAACGAGCUGACGGCCGACGCCAUCGCGCUGUGGUGGGCGCCGUCGCCCUACGACCGGCGCAGCGGCCGCACGCGGCGCGCCGUCGACGUGCCGCUGGUGCAGACGUGGUACCUCGAGCACUGCCCGCCCAACCAGCCGGUCAAGAUCCGCGUCAGCUACCAGAAGCUGCUCAAGAACUACGUCUACAACUCGCUCCACACGCGCAAGCAGAAGCCGCAGAAGCGCAAGUACCUGCUCAAGCAGCUCAACGCCACCAAGUUCUUCCAGAACACGAGCAUCGACUGGCUCGAGGCGGGCCUGCAGGUGUCGCGGCAGUCGUUCAACAUGCUCAACCUGCUGAUCCACCGCAAGGGCUGCUCGGCGCUCCACCUCGACUUUAACUUCAACCUCAAGCCCACCAAGACGCUGACGACCAAGGAGCGCAAGAAGAGCCGCUUCGGCAACGCCUUCCACCUGGUCCGCGAGAUGGCGCGCAUCGUCAAGCUCGUCGUCGACAGCCAGGUCACCUACCGACUCGGCUCGAUCGACGCCUUCCAGCUGGCCGACGGCCUCCAGUACCUCUUCAACCACGUCGCCACCCUCAGCGGCAUGUACCGCUACAAGUACCGCGUGAUGCGCCAGAUCCGCGCGUGCAAGGACCUCAAGCACGUCAUCUACUCGCGCUUCAACACGGGGCCCGUCGGCAAGGGACCGGGCGUGGGCUUCUGGGCGCCGUCGUGGCGCGUGUGGAUGUUUUUCCUGCGCGGCAUCACGCCGCUCCUCGAGCGCUGGCUGGGCAACCUGCUGGCGAGGCAGUUUGAGGGGCGCAAGGGCCGCGCCAAGGGCGUCUCGACCAUCACCAAGCAGCGCGUCGAGAGCUCGUUCGACCUCGAGCUGCGCGCCAGCGUGCUCCACGACAUCCUCGACCUGAUGCCCGAGGGCCUCAAGGCCAACAAGUCGCGCGUCAUCCUCCAGCACCUCUCGACGGCGUGGCGCUGCUACAAGUCCAACACGCCGUGGAAGGUGCCCGGCAUGCCGACGGCCGUCGAGAACCUCAUCCUGCGCUACGUCAAGCUCAAGGCCGACUGGUGGACUUCGGUGACGCACUACAACCGCGAGCGCAUCCGCCGCGGCGCCACCGUCGACAAGACGGUCAGCAAGAAGAACCUCGGCCGCCUCACCCGCCUCUACCUCAAGGCCGAGCAGGAGCGCCAGAACUCGUACCUCAAGGACGGGCCCUACAUCACGUCCGAGGCCGCCGUCGCCAUCUACACGUCGACCGUCCACUGGCUCGAGAGCCGCCGCUUCCAGCCGAUCCCCUUCCCCUCACUCAACUUUAAGCACGACACCAAGAUCCUCGUCCUCGCCCUCGAGAAGCUCAAGGAGUCGUACAGCGUCAAGGGCCGCCUCAACCAGAGCCAGCGCGAGGAGCUCGCCCUCAUCGAGCAGGCGUUCGACAACCCGCACGAGACGCUGGCGCGCAUCAAGCGCCUGAUGCUCACCCAGCGCGCCGCCAAGGCCGUCGGCAUCGAGUUCUUCGACACCUUCGACAAGCUCAUCCCGUGCUACGACAUCGAGCCGAUGGAGAAGAUCACCGACGCCUACCUCGACCAGUACCUCUCCUACGAGGCCGACAAGCGCCAGCUCUUCCCCGCUUGGGUCAAGCCGAGCGACUCGGAACCGGCGCCGUUGCUCGUCUACAAGUGGUGCAACGGCAUCAACAACCUCGAGGGCGUCUGGGACACGUCCGAGGGCCAGUGCAACGUGCUCAUGGAGACGACCCUCAGCCGCGUCUACGAGAAGAUCGACCUGACGCUCCUCAACCGGCUGCUGCGCCUCAUCAUGGACCACAACCUUGCCGACUACAUCACGUCCAAGAACAACGUCUCGAUCGUCUUCAAGGACAUGGAGCACAUCAACACGUACGGCCUGAUCCGCGGCCUCCAGUUUAGCGCGUUCGUGUUCCAGUACUACGGCCUCAUCCUCGACCUCCUCAUCCUCGGCCUGCAGCGCGCCAGCGAGAUGGCGGGCCCGCCGGCGAUGCCCAACGGCCUCUUCCAGUUCAAGGACGCCGCCACCGAGGCCGCCCACCCGAUCCGCCUCUACACGCGCUUCGUCGACCGCAUCCACAUCCUCUACCGCUUCGACGCCGACGAGGCGCGCGACCUCAUCCAGCGCUACCUCAGCGCCAACCCGGACCCCAACAACAGCAACCUCAUCGGCUACAACAACCGCAGGUGCUGGCCCCGCGACUGCCGCAUGCGCCUCGUCAAGCACGACGUCAACCUCGGCCGCGCCGUCUUUUGGACGGUCAAGAACAGCCUGCCGCGCAGCCUCACCACCAUCGAGUGGGACGACACGCUGUGCUCGGUCUACAGCAAGGACAACCCCAACCUCCUCUUUUCCAUGGCCGGCUUCGAGGUCCGCAUGCUGCCCAAGGCCCGCCAGGGCGACGUCGACACCACCCGCGACGGCGUCUGGCCCCUCGUCGCCGCCGCCUCGGGCGAGCGCACCGCCACCGCCUACCUCCGCGUCUCGGACGAGGGCAUCGCCAACUUUAACAACCGCGUCCGCGCACUGCUCAUGUCGGCCGGCGCCGCCCCGUUUAGCAAGAUCGCCAACAAGUGGAACUCGUGCCUGAUCGCGCUGAUGACCUACUACCGCGAGGCCGUCGUCAACACCGAGGAGCUCCUCGACCUCCUCGUCAAGAGCGAGAACAAGGUCAUCAACCGCAUCAAGUCCGGCGUCAACUCCAAGAUGCCCUCCCGCUGGCCCAUCCACAUCCUCGCCUCGCCCAAGGAGCUCGGCGGUCUCGGCAUGCUCUCGAUGGGCCACGUCCUCAUCCCCGCCUCCGACCUCCGCUACUCGCGCCAGACGACCACCGGCAUCACCCACUUCCGCUCCGGCCUCUCGUCUGGCCAGGAGGACCAGCUGCUCCCCGCCCUCUACCGCUACAUCACCCCGUGGGCAUCGGAGUUUGAGGACUCGGCGCGCGUCUGGCAGGAGUACGCCCAGAAGCGCAAGGAGGCCAGCGAGCAGAACCGCCGCCUCACCCUCGAGGACCUCGAGGACUCGUUCCACCGCGGCCUCCCGCGCAUCGCCACCCUCUUCCAAAAGGACCGCACCAUCCUCUCCUACGACAAGAUGUGGCGCGUGCGGCAGGAGUUUAAGCGCUACCAGGUCGCCAAGUCCCAGCCCUUUGCCUGGACCAACCAGCGCCACGACGGCAAGCUCCACAACCUCAACCAGCUCCGCACCGACACCAUCGCCGCCCUCGGCGGCGUCGAGACCAUCCUCGAGCACUCGCUCUUUGCCGCCACCGCCCACCCGACCUGGGAGGGCCUCUUUUGGGAAAAGUCGUCGUCGUUCGAGGAGAGCAUGCAGCAGAAGCGCCUCACCAACGCACAGCGCUCCGGUCUCAGCCAGAUCCCCAACCGCCGCUUCACCCUCUGGUGGUCCCCCACCCUCAACCGAUCCAGCGUCUACAUCGGCUUCCAGGUCCAGCUCGACCUCUGCGGCGUCCUCAUGUCCGGCAAGAUGCCCUCGCUCAAGAUCUCCUACAUCCAGCUCUUCCGCGCCCACCUCUGGCAAAAGAUCCACGAGUCCGUCGUCAUGGACCUCUGCCAGGUGUUUGACCAGGAACUCGAGGCCCUCUCCAUCGAGACCGUCCAGAAGGAGACCAUCCACCCGCGCAAGUCCUACCGCAUGACCGCAUCCUCGUCCGACAUCCUCCUCUUUGCCAGCUACAAGUGGCCAAUGUCCCGCCCAUCCCUCCUCACCGACGCCCGCGACGUCCUCGACGGUUCCUCCGGCAACAAGUGGUGGAUCGACGUCCAGCUCCGUUGGGGCGACUACGACUCCCACGACAUCGAACGUUACUGCCGCGCAAAGUUCCUCGACUACACCUCCGACAACACCUCCAUCUAUCCAUCCGCCACCGGCUCCCUCAUCGGCAUCGACCUCGCCUACAACAUCCACUCCGCCUACGGCAUCUGGUUCCCCGGCUCAAAACCCCUCAUCCAACAGGCCAUGGCAAAGAUCAUGAAGGCAAACCCCGCCCUCCACGUCCUCAGGGAAAGGGUGCGAAAGAGCUUGCAGCUCUAUUCUUCUGCUCCCACGGAGGCUCACCUAUCGUCGAGCAACUACUCGUCGCUCUUCGAGUCGUCGACGUUUUGCGUUGACGACGGAUCCGUUCACCGGGUGAUCGUCAAGCGGUCGUUCGAAGGGAACUUGGUGACCAAGCCCAUCAACGGAGCGCUUCUCAUCCUCAACCCGAUUUCCGGCCAGCUCUAUUGCAAGAUAGUACAUACGUCCGUUUGGGCAGGUCAAAAGCGCCUCGGACAGCUCGCAAGAUGGAAGAGUGCGGAGGAGGUCGCCGCGCUGGUGCGGUCUUUGCCGAUCGAGGAGCAACCCAAAAAGCUCAUCAUCGCCCGCCGAUCGCUCGCCGAACCUCUGGAAACCCACUGUUUCGCUUACGGCACCGAGGUGCUGGCGAUCCGCCAGGGACGCGUCCAGUCCGUCCGCGUCGAGAACCUUGUCGAGGGCGAGACGCUGAUCGACGAGACGGGCCGCCCGACGAUCAUCGAUGGCCCCGUCGUGCAUGGCCAGGAUGAGCUGUACCGCGUCACGGGCACGACUAGGGACAUGGUGACGCAGGACUACACCGUCACCAGCGGCCACCUGCUCAGCCUGCGCUGCUUUAGGCCCUACGAGUGGACCGAUGUGCGAGAGACGCAGCAGGUCAACACCUUCACCUUCCGCUGGAUCCGCCGCCUCGGCGAUGACUCCGUCGAGAGGGCCAUCGAGCACUUUAGCUUCGCCCCGAACGGAGAUCUCCUCCGCCAUUCGCCCCGAGAGUACCAGGAUGUGCCGUCCGCUCGCCUCUACUACACCGGCCAGAUGGUCGAGGUGCGCGUCAAGGACGACGUCGUCGAGGAGCUGCCCGCGUAUCGCCUUGCGGAAGCGGGCAACGGCGUCAACGGCGUCAUCGGCGACGGCGACAGCGACGAUGAGGGUGCAGACAUGGAGCUCGACGACGAGAUGAUCGAGGCCAGCGUCAGGGAGACAGUCAGCGCCGACCAGCGUGCAGAUGUCGGCGUCGACGGCGCAAACGGCGAUGCCAGCAACAGCGCUGCAGCAAGCACCAGCGCAGCGGCCACCCGCAGUACGGCCAUUCGCCCCCGCCGUGCCGCUGCCACCACCUCAUCCAGCACGCCCGGAAGCGUGGCUCUCGCUCGCGCGCGUGCGCAGGUCAUUCCCGGCGCCAGCCGACGAGAGGCCAAGCCCGGCAACCCCACAGACGAUGUCGCCUCUACGGCUGUCGCCACGGUCAUCGAUCUCACCCGUGACAGCCAGACCGACGCAGAGCUGGGCAGCAACCGCGCUGAUGCCGGCGCCGUUAUCGACCUCACCAACGACAGCGAGACCGAGGCUGAGGUCGACGUCGGUGCAUUCUUCGCCACGGCCGCGGACAUGGACGUCGAUGGCGAUGACGUCGAGAUCAAGUCUGAGCCUGAUGUCGGCGCCUUUUUCGCCGCCGCCACUGCCGACGACAGCGAGACCGAGACCGAGCCCGAUGUCGCCGCCUUCUUCGCCGCAGCCACCGCCGAUCCGGCCCACGUCGGUGGAACUGCGGCUGAGACCCACGUCGAGACUACCUCGGUCGCAGCCAAUGUCGUCAGCAUCGACGACGAUAGCGAGACCGAGCUCGAGCCCGACGUCGGCGCCUUCUUUGCAGCCGCCACCACUGGCGACGACAGCGAGGCAGCCAGGGUCGACUCUGUUAUGGCCGUCGACGAUGACAGCGAGACCGAGAUCGAGCCCGACGCCCCUGGCGUCGACAUCGACAGCAGCGAAACCGAGGCCGAGCCCGAAGGCCGUGUCCCAGUGCCCCCCGCCGACCUGCCCGCCGUCCACCACAACAGCGACGACGACAGCAGCUUCGUCGACGCCGACCCCGGUUUGGACACCAGCAGCGAGUGGAGCAGCGAUGGCAGUAGCAUGGACGUUCCCAUGGCCGACGCCGUGCCGGACGACUUUGACGACUUCCUCUACCGCGGACGAUCCUGCGAGAGCAUCAAGCACAUCGUGCACCCCGGCAACUACUUCAACGCCCAUCCGGACGGAGCGCGCAAGGCGAUCGACUACCCUGGCACGCCGCGUGGCUUCCAAGCCAAGCCCGGCGACUGGGCCUGCAAGGCCGAUGUGCUUCGCACCCUGGCACAGUCUAACGACAAGGACCUGCGCCAGGACCACAUCCACGACGUCGACAUCGACGUCCCCACCGUCCGCGUGCCCGGCGGUACCAGCCACGUCAUGCAGUACAGCGAGGUCCUGGGCAGGGACACCGAGCUGUUCGAGGUCGCGGGCGUCCGCGUGUACCACGCGCGCGACCUGUUCGGGGCGGACGCCAAGAAUUUCUUCUACACGGCCCCAUCUGCAGGUGCUUUCGUCGCCUAUCGCUCCACCGGCUUCAGCGCGAGGCCUAACAUCCCGGCCCGGAACCUUCGCCCAACGCUCCAAACGGGUGUUUUCUUCUGGCCCGAGGAGACGGUGCGCGCCUACCUCGAGUAUCGGGCGAGGCUCGACUCGGACGACCCGCCGCCUCGCAACAUUACCCGACAGGUGGUCCUGCCCGCUGACCAGAUCCGCGGCCUGUCACUGCACGAAGCGUGCGUCAGGUGGUGGGAGCAGCGCCCGGACGCCUUCCGCUAUGGUGACGUGGUCGACGUCACAGUCGAGGCCUACAUGGCCGUCGAGGCGUCGCAUCCGCUCAAGACCAAGUUUGGCGGCUUCCGUGGCCAGCUCGACGGCGACCUCCGCGACCUCGUCACCGCCGCGCGCCUCACGCCCGAGAUCCAGGACGCCCUCAACCUCAUCGGCGGUGGCUGGUUCCUAGGCCUGUACCUCGGCGACGGGACCUACAUCACCGGCACGCCUACCGUCGCCGUCGGCGGUCACGAGGACGCCAUCGUCGACAAGAUCAGGUCGAUCUUCGAGCCCCAAGGUUUCGAGAUCAGGGACAUUCCGCACGCCGAUCGGGACGGGCGCCUCGUCACCGUCAGCGCGAUGGCCUACCGCGAGGAGCACGGCGGCAGGACCAACCCCGUCACCGACGCGCUUCGGCUGCUCGGCGCCAUCGGUCUCAGGGGCAGGGGCAACAGCCGCGACAAGCACAUCCACCCAGCCGUGCUGUGGGGUCCCAAGGUGCUCCGCCAACAGGUCCUCGCCGGAUUGAUCGACUCCGACGGCUGCCAUCCUACGAUCCCCGAUGGUCCGGGCGACGUCUCUCGCCAUGGCGUGAAUCGCUGGCACUUCACACAGCACCAGGUCCACGAGCGCCUCAUGAACGACACCAAGACGCUGUGCCGCUCGCUCAACCUGAUCUCCGGCCACAUGCCUGAGACUUGGUCGUACGACGCGGGCAUCGACGCGUACUACAUGACGCUGGUCCUCUCCGGCCGAGAGCAGGGUGAGGUGUCGCGCCACAUCGCGCUCCCGCACAAGCGCGUCGCCGACCGAUCCAGGUUCAGCAUGGACGCGAAGCCGAUCCGCCCAGCUGUCGACGCCUGCCCCGUUGGCGCCGGCUCCUUCGUCAAGUUCAAGGUGUCUGGGGACACGCGGCGUUUCCUGCUGAGCGACUGGACGGUGGUGCACAACUGCCUGGACUUCCCGAACCUGACGAUCCUCGGUUCGGAGCUGCAGAUCCCGUACCAGAGCUUCCUGAAGCUGGAGAAGCUGGGCGACCGGGUGCUGUCGGCGACGGGACCGGCGAUGCUGCUGUACUCGGCGUACGACGCGUGGCUGGAGACGAUCUCGUCGUACACGGCGUUUUCGCGGCUGAUUCUGCUGCUGCGGGCGCUGCACGUCAACCAGGAAAAGGCCAAGGUGAUUCUGCGGCCGCACCCGGGCGUGGUGACGGAGCCGCACCACCUGUGGCCGACGCUGAGCGACGACGAGUGGGUCAAGGUCGAGGUGCAGUGCCGGGACCUGAUCCUCGAGGAUUUCGGCAAGCGCAACAACGUCAACACGAGCAGCCUGACGUCUUCCGAGAUCCGCGACAUUAUCCUGGGCAUGCAGAUCCAGGAGGUGAGCGCGCAGCGGCAGGAGAUGGCCGAGCUGGAAAAGAAUGCCGAGGCGGCGCAGCAGGUGACGGCGACGCAGACGCGCACCGUCAACCGGCACGGCGAGGAGAUUUCGACGGUGACGACGACGCAGUACGAGAACAAGGUCUUCAGCAGCAAGAGCGACUGGCGGGUGCGGGCGCUGAGCGCGACCAACCUGCCGCUGCGCUGCCAGCACCUGUACGUGUCCAACGACGAGGUGCGCGACGACGCGGGCGCGCUGACGUACGUCGUGCCCAAAAACAUCCUCAAGACGUUUAUCGUCAGCGCCGACCUGCGCACCCAGGUGGCGGGCCUGCUGUACGGCGCCUCGCCGCCCGACGCGCCGUCGGUCAAGGAGGUCAGGGUGAUUGUGUGGGUGCCGCAGCGCGGCAGCAACAACGGCGUCGAGCUGCCCGCCGAGCUGCCGCAGCACGACUUUAUGCUGCGCGACCUGGAGCCGCUCGGCUGGAUCAAGACGCAGGCGGCCGACCUGCCGCACCUCUCGCCGCACGACGUGGCCAUGCACGCCAAGCUCAUGUCGAGCCACGCCGAGUGGGGCGCCAGCUCGAUCUGCAUCACGUCGGCCUUUACGCCCGGAUCCGUCAGCCUGUCGGCCCACAGCCUCGCCGUGUCCGGCUUCGAGUGGGGCCGCAAGGCCGACCCGGCGGCCAUUGCGGGCGGCGCCGCCGGCUUCAACGAGGGCAUGUCGGAAAAGGUGCAGCUCCUCCUGUCGGACCGCAUCCUCGGCACCACGCUCGUCCCCUCGGACGGCGUCUGGAACUAUGGCCUGUCGCUCUCGGCCCAGUGGACGGGCGCCAUCAAGUACUCGGUCGUCCUCGACCGGCCAAAGGCCUUUUGGGACGAGGCGCACCGUCCGCAGAACUUCCUCUCCUUUACCACCGCCGACGAGGGCGAGGGCGAGGGCGCCGACUGGCAGGAUGCCUUUGCGUAG